CCUCGACAUUAAAUCAUCCCGAAAGAACAUACGAACCCAAGCCAGAUCUAGAAGAUGCUCCCAGAAGUCCAACUAGAGAGCAUACCACCAGUCCGAUCGACGCAGACCCUCUGGAGCUACCGUACCGUACCCUGACCGAGAAUGCCGACAUGGCGGAGUACACCACCGAGACUGCCACUGGAACGAUAACCCGAAAGGUGACUUCCAACAAGACUGGCAAGACCGAGGACUAUGAGCUUGUCACCUUUACACCAGGUGAUAGGGAGAACCCGAAAAAUUGGAGUAAAGCAUACAAGUGGUGGUGUACCAUGGUCGUUGCAGUCACCUGCUUCGCCGUCGCCUUCAACAGUGCUGUCAUCACAGCAGACAUGAUCGGUCCUCAGGAGACCUUCGGAAUUAGCGAGGAAGUCGCUCUUCUGACCAUCACUGUCUUUGUCGUAGGGUUUGGUGUUGGCCCUAUGGCCUUUGCUCCUUUCAGUGAGACUUGGGGUCGCCGUCCGGUGUACGCCAGCACUCUCUUGAUCGCUCUCAUCUUUAUCAUCCCCUGUGCGGUUGCAAAAAACAUUGGUACCUUGAUCGUCUGUCGCUUGAUUGAUGGUAUCGCUUUUUCAGCACCCAUGGUCCUGGUCGGUGGAACUCUUGCCGAUCUCUGGAAGGCCGAGGAGAGAGGUGUACCCAUGGCUGCCUUCAGUGCUGCACCUUUCGUCGGACCCGCAAUUGGACCGCUCGUAGGAGGCUUCACUUCCGACCACCUUGGCUGGCGUUGGUUGUAUUGGCUGCAGCUGAUCCUGUCCGGCUUCGUUUACAUCCUGAUCGUCUUUACCGUUCCGGAGACAUACGCACCCAUUAUCCUCGCCAAGCGCGCAAAGAAGAUGAGAAAGGACACUGGCGACAGCAGAUAUGUCAGCGAGUCUGAUCUGGACACCCGUCCCAUCGGCGAGCGCAUGAAGGUCUUCAUCUUGCGUCCCUUCCAGCUAUUAUUCUGCGAACUUAUCGUCUUCCUCAUCUCAUUGUACAUGAGUGUGUUGUACGGACUGCUCUACAUGUUCUUUGUCGCUUUCCCAAUCAUCUAUCAAGAGGGAAAGGGUUACAGUGCCAGUACUACUGGUCUGAUGUUCAUUCCUCUAGCAAUUGGUGUCAUUGCGAGCGCUUUUCUGGCACCCUUGAUCAACAUGGACUAUGCAAGAAGAUCUGCAAGAUUUGGAGGCAAACCACCAGCAGAACAGCGUCUGGUACCCAUGAUGUACAGCUGUUGGUGGAUUGCCAUUGGCAUGUUCAUCUUUGCCUGGACAUCGUAUCCUCACCUAUCCUGGUGGGGUCCAGCAAUGGGUGGCUUUUGCAUCGGUUUCGGUUUCAUCCCUUGCUAUAACAGUGCCAACAACUAUCUGGUGGAUACUUACCAACACUCGGCCGCUUCCGCUCUUGCUGCAAAAACUUUCAUUCGAAGCUUCUGGGGUGCUGGAGUCGUGCUGUUCACCGAGCAGAUGUUUCACCGUUUAGGUUACCAGUGGGCCGGUACUCUGAUGGCUUUCAUUGCUCUCGCAUGCUGCGGAAUACCGUACGGAUUCUACUUUUUCGGUGAACGCAUCAGAAAAUUCUCCAAGUACGCGUACGCUGGCGACGACGUGGAGAACAAUCCCGGCCCAUCAAAGGAGGUCGAGGCACACUAGAGAUGUGUUCGAGUGUAAAGCUAGAAUAGAUUGUGAGUAAGAUAAAUUAAUAUAUUGCAAAAAUCAAAAUUUGAAUAAAACUCACCACCCCAGAGAAAAUUCGGAAGUGGCGAUUAGGCGAAUGGCGAGACGCGAAAUUGAGUAGCUGCAGGCUUCGGAGGCCAGAGUGCUUAUGUCAAACUCCGCAU